AUUUAAACGCCAGUGACAAUCAGACCUCUUUACAAUUUGACUUUUUAUUUUUGUAUUUAUGUGCUGUUAAAAUUCGUGCUAUUGUGAUGUCGCUGUAUAGGAAGUGCUUUAUUGUUUUCGUGUCCAUUUGUUCUUUUGCCCUUGCCCAUCCAAAGACCACUGUGGUGGAGCUGACUCAAGAACGGAGACCAGAAGUGGGAUGGGUGGUGACGUGCAGCUGGUCUCUAGCGCCUGACGAUCAUCUACAAGCCGUGUUUCUGCACAGAGAUGACAGACAGUUUGUGCAUUACAGGCCCGAUCACAAUGGCGCGAGCCUCCAUCACUCAUAUUCAACCAUAGAUGACGUGAUGGACCUCACGUGUGACGAGAGGGCAGCCAACUGCACCUUGGUCAUUGAGCUGAUGCAACCCCCCAGGAAUGACAUCGAGAUUGCUUGCGAGGUGUCAGGAGAGGGACCCAUGUUCAGGAUGGGCAAAAAAAGCCUUACUAUUGACCAUACUGUUCUUCCCAGCGACGCAGUUAUAGAGGCCUCAAAAGCGAGCGAUUCGGACCCGAACAGUGGGGGCAAACCUUUGUUGAACUGUUCAUCUACCGGUAUACCGGCGCCCAGGAUCGAGUGGACAAUUGGUGAUGAAAAUUCCGAGAUGACAAGUUUCCACAACUCACGCGUAUGGAACGCAACGUCAAAGCUGUGGUAUUCAUGGUCGACCCUCAUGGUGUCGGACCAGCUCCCCAUCAAGUGUACUCCGAAGGUGUUGAGAGGAUCCAAAGUUUACUCUGGGAAGACAGCACAGUAUAACGCUGGUAGCCGAAUAGGCACCACGUGGAUUUUACGAGCAACGAGUACAAUCUUGGCUGCAUCUCUAAUACUCUUCAGGUGAUCACAAAAGCAGGUGGACCGUUUACUUAAUGAAACCAAACAUUUAUUUUAGUUGCUUUUAUUUGCAGAAAUCGUUAUGAACGACCGUUGACAAUACUAUUGUUACACUAUUAAAUUAUUACAGUUGACCGCAAAUCAAGUUACUUAAUUGAUCUUUAUACCGCGGUAAUUGGGGCGAAUUCGCAAUGAAUUUGAGUACUGUACCUAUUACGUUUUUUAAUGCUCAUUAUUGAAAAUAAUGUAUGAGACAGAUUGAAAAGUAAGAAAAAUCAAGUGAACUGGUAGUUCUUAAGCACCCUGACCUCAUCUUUGCUAAGGCUCUAUUGAGGUCAAACGCACCCGAAACUAUUAAAAAGUCUAACUCAACUGUUUUUGUUUAAACAUUAACGUAAAGAAAGAUAUGGGAGAAUACUAUAGUCCUACAUAUACAAAGUCAAAACUGUAAAUAAAUUAUUUAAAAAUUAAGAUUCUACAUUACCAGAGUAAGGUUUUCAAAUUACAUGAUAAAUAAUAGUGUAACGAUAGCCUUUAUUUUAAUUUACAAUUUUAUUUGGCUUGUUAUUUAGUACAAUUUAUUGUUUUAACAUUUUAUGUUAAAUGACUAUUAUAAAUGUUACAUAGAUACAUUUUAAAAUAAUUGAAAUUCAUGUCAUGAUUUACUUAAAGUAAACUUACAUUUGUGUCAAUAUUUAAAUUUGAAUGCAAUAGUUACAAUGUGCAGUUUUAAAAUUAUCGAUUCAAUAUUUAUUUCAAUAAACAUGUGGUACUAUGAUUGUAAAUAAUAAAACUAUUUUUGGACGUCAUUUCUUAUUUUUUAAUAUUAAAAAAAAAACGUGUGACUCAAUGAGAUUUGUGAAUACUUUUAUAGAUUCGAUUUAAAGGAAUGUUUCAACUUUGACAGUAACGCCGACUACACACUAUCGCCGAACUUGGACAGAUAUCGACGCGAAUGCUUGCGUAACAUUGCGUAAUAUGUAAGAGAUCUGUAUUUACCACAGUGAAAAUCCAACAAUAUAUAUCGGAUACACAAAGUUCAUCAAA